UUAUAACCCAUAUUUUGUUAACACGACCAUAAACUUACGCAAAUGUAAUUACAUUCUUCAUGCGCUUAUUUGGCGUAUACGCAAUAAUACACUUUAAUACUACUUUUGAGCGACACGAAUAUAAGGUCAAUACAAUGUACAAGAAGUUAGCAGUCUAGUGUGUUAUAUAGAAAUGUGAAUAUCUUGUGAUUUAGGCUGCGUUACGAAAUUCACUACCAGUGCUGAAAUUCUAUACUAUACGUGACAUGAACUAUAGAUUUCCAGUACUGGCAGUGAAUUUCGGAACACAACUUUAGUAUGAAUUCGCUAUUGAUAUCAUUGCAUAGCGCUGUUACGUUGCAGCAAGAUCAUCAAUGUUUGUCACGUUUAAAGACCUUCUGACUUAUUUAAAGUCUAUUAAAUUUAUUUAACUUGUUUGACGAAUAAAGUAUUAUAUAAUAAAAAAAAUAUUUGAAAAAAUUCGAAGGACAUUCAGAAUUCAAAUGUAGAUUCGUCAUUAUUAAACGUUCCAAUGAGUUUGAAUCAACAAGUAGCAAACACCACUUCACUAUCCACUAUAUAUGAUCAAAAGUAUACAAGUUUUGUAGAUACUUUGUUGAAGGAAUUAGCUGACGACUUUCAAAGAGAGAAAAGAUUUUCAGACUCAAAUCUACUGAAACUGUACAAGCUAUUUGGUGGAGUGUUUGAGAGAAGCUUAGACUUAUAUGAAAAGCAGCGAGUGAUACAAAUCUCCACAUCUAAAACGAUUAUAACAGAGCCAUGCAAGAGUGCAAAUGAAGCCAGUUGGUUGAUACAAGUUAAAGGGCACUCAGGAGCAUUGUACACUCUUUUUCCUGAAACAAAUUAUUGUACUUGUGAUGCCUUCAGAUUAAAAUAAAUGGCUCAUUUCUGUUCUCCGUAGAACAUUCUUGUAUGGCUCUUGUAAUAUUAUAGGUACCAGGUACUGAAAGAUCGGUCUGCUUAUACUUGUAAACAUGUGUUGGCCGCUUGGCUAGCUAGCAUUGACAAUGAGAAACUGAGACAUCAGCAAUUGACGCAAAAACAAUUUGACAGUUUAUUGUUAUAUCAGGUUUCAUGUGAACAUGAUGCGCUCUAAUGUCGAAGACUACAUGCUAGUCGCAAAAAUGGGACUGACAAAUUUGAAGACUGUAAUACAUUUAUUGAAAGCUAUCAAUUUUAAGGAGACAGCCACUUGCGUCGGUAAUCAGCAAGGAUUGAAGAUUACAGUCGAGGAUGCGAAAUGCAUGCAGGCUAAUGCAUAUAUUCCGUCCGAAAUUUUCCACGAAUUCGAUUUGAAGGACGAUGUUACAUUUUCAAUCAGUUUAAAUAUAUUAAUAGAAUGCCUUUGCAUGUUCUGGCCAAGUGCUCAAGAAGAUUCAGUUACAGUGCAAAUAUUUUACAAAGGCACAGGCUAUCCUUUAAGCGUUAUCAUCGAAGAAGACGGCAUCAUAACAGACUGCUCUUUAAAGACUCUAGAAGUAGAUACACUGCUAGACUUCCAUCUCGAAACAGAAAAUGUCGUGAAUAAAGUAGUGCUGCGAACGGAAUUGCUGAAGGACAUCAUAACCGAGUUAGAUCCAACUAGUGAUUUAGUCGAGUUGUGCUUAUCGCCGGAGAAACCGUACUUCAGAAUCAGCACGGACGGUCUAGGAGGCGUUUGCCACAUUGACUUGCCGCACGAUAGUGAACUAGUGGGUACUUUUCAGUGCACGGCGACGGCGACAUCCAAUUUCAAAUUGGCGCACAUUAAGCCGGCGAUGCGUGCGCUGUCGUGCGCCAACAUGGUUUCUUUAAGAACCGACACUGCCGGCAUACUGUGCUUCCAAUACAUGGUCAAAACUGAUGACGGGCACACCUGUUACAUCGAGUAUUACGUAAGGCUUUGCAUAAUAAAAUACAUGAAAGAUCCGAUAAGAAAAUCCGUCGUAUUGACAUCGUAACAUUGACAUCCAGAUGCGAAGGGAUUUUCUAUCCUUGUAAUGCUGAGUGUGGUGUCGCACCUAACGUUACGUAACAAUUUCGCAUUUUAUUUACAGAUAUCUUCGCUGAUAGAUAUGGACGAGUAAGAUCCGUGUUAAUAGUCAUUACUUAAGACUCACCUCAGGUGGGAUACUCAGAUUUGAACAUAGAGUUGAGAUGAACAGUUGAAGAUAUAAAUUUUUCAGCUGAAUCGCGAUUAUAAAUGCAAUGUCGCAUAUAUUGAUUUAAAUGAAAAAUUGAAAUCUAAUUCUAAAUUUAUAUCUGGGUAUCUUACGUGGAGUAAGUUUCAAGUAAUGACUAUUAAUAACGAAACGAUUAAACAGUGAUAAUGUGAGCGAUAAACCGUGCCUCGUCGCGUUGAAGAGUAAAAUUAUAUUCAAGCGCAAUGCAAAGUUGUAUUAAUGAAAAUAGGAGCAAUUAAAUAUAUUUUGUAUGUUUUUUA